UCUCUCUCUCUCUCUCUCUCUCUCUCUCAGUCAGGAGGAGUCUAUAUGGGACGCUGUCACUCUGGAGUUGUCUGUUCACUGGAGGGCUGUGUUUCUACUGACCUCUGCACAUUGGAAAACAGAGCCUCUUUUUCCCCUCUCUUUCGGUCUCCAGUCUCAUCCGGGGGAAGGAAUUCUGGCAGAGCUGCUGAAGGGAACUUUUUUUCAUUCUUCCCCUCUAACACACACACACACAUCUUGUAUCUCCUCCUUUGGUGUGUAGCCUGCUGUGGUGGGCGCAGACGUUGAUAGUGUUUGUGUGGCGUGGACCGUGAAAAGGAGACAUGCUGAAAAAUGGCAGGGCUGGUGCCAUCAGCACCACAGCCACCACUGAGAUACCAGACCUCAAUGAGAGGAGAAUCAGGCGUCUCAGAUUAACCCUCCGGCCUGAGGACAGUCCCAAAUCCCAGAAUGAAUCCGUCAACUCUGGCGAGAAACUGCUCAAUGGUUCCUGGAAAAAGAAAAAUGGGCUCAUGCAGAGAGAAAGACCACCUGGGAGAGAAUCACCUCAACAAGAAGACAAGCACUCUGUGACUAAUGGCAUGGGCCGGGAACAGCCCGCUCAGCACGGGCCCAGAGUUUACGGCGUGGUGCAGAGCACAGGCAGCAGCCACCAACAGGAAGUGAUGGCUCGCGAGUGGUCUGUCAGUCACCUGAGGGAUGAGAUGAGGUACAUCAGAGAGGUACGUGACUCUUUGGAAAAGGUCAGAGAGCGCAUGUAUGGCCAGUUUGGAGGGAUGCAGCAAUCAGUGCAAAAAUUAAGUCAGGAAUUAAAGGCAGCCAACUCUCAUAAGCGUUACCUUGAGUCAGAGGUGAGGACGAGAAGGGCAGGAAUGGAUAGCUUUGACCAGAUGAACAGCUCCCUCAUAUCAGCAAACAUUGAUCUACAGAAAUCAUUGCUGGAAAGCUGUCAAAAUCGAGUGGGGAACAGAGAUGAGAUGAGAACCCUGCGCAGCUCGCUGGAGAAGACAGAGGAGAAACUCAAGGAAACGGAAAGACAGCUAGCAGCAGCACAGGCUGAAAACCACUCUCUCAAAAAUCAGGUGGAGACUUCUCAGGAGGCCAAGACCCAAGCAUUAAAAGAGCUGAGUGCAAAGCUCCAGAAGGAAUAUGAGGAACAGCUGCAGGAACAGCAGAAGAAAUACAGAGAGGAGAUAGAGGCUCUGCAGGCACAGCUUGAUGACUACAUGAAGAGACUUGAGGAGGCCGAGAGGAACGCUCAGAUAGCUGAGGCAAAGAUCGCUGAAAGGGAUCAAAGAAUUACUGAAGUGGAGAGGCUACUAAACUGUAUGGCUCAGGAAAAGGGUGACCUGAUACAAAAGCUUUGUGAAUGUGAACAACGCUUACGUGGUUUGGACGAAACUGACCAUGCAGAUAAAGCUGUGGCCAAGCAGUCGGAGCAGCUGAAAGAGGAAGCGGCAGAACUGAGAGAGCGAAUAAAGCAUCUCAACGAUAUGGUGUUCUCUCAACAGAGGAAGGUCAAAGCCAUGAUAGAGGAGGUCGAAACACUGAGAGCAAAAGUUGCACAGAAGGAUAUGUUCAUCUCCGAGCUGCUGGACAGGAUUGCUAUUGUGGAGUGCGAGAAUAAUGAGUUAGGAGACAAGUUGAAGUAUUUUAUGUCUAUACAGAGCGCAUCUGAGACUAAAGUAGCCACCAGGGACAUUGGAGUUGGCUGUGACCUCCCCAUUAGAUCUGAGGAGCCGGCGUACGUCGCUCCUGUCCAACCCAGCCCCAUCUCAUCGGCCUUGAGAUCCUCCAGCAGACUGAACUAUAGUCUUCUUAGAUACACUCCUGGUCAGUACAGCUCAAUGCUGCUCUCCAGUGCAGUAAACACACAAGAAACUGGAACCAGUCCCACACAAACAUCAAGUUAUGUUCAGACCAGCCCUGAAGACGGGGACUCCAGAUCUCCAACAGCCUCAGAAGUGUCCUCCACCAGCAGUCCUAGAGCGAGGACCGGCCCGUCACAGAUCUACACUCCUUUCAUGAAGCUGAUGGAGUUAAGCGCUAAAAGGGACACAGACUGAAUGCAGUUUUCCUAAAAUAGCGGCAACAGAAGGUGUUGUUGCGACAUGAAGUAUUGUGGUUUUGUUACUGUUUAUGUAACAUUAAGGUAUAUGUAAAUAACAUACUGAUCUGUGAAUAACUUAUUUUGGUAGUACACUUUACUGUAUUCUGAUGCACUCUGUUGCUUUGUUUACCAAAAAUCUAGUGAUUUUAUGUGAUAGCUUUCUAUAUUUUACACUUAUCUAUUUAUAUUUCCAUUUUCUGAGACCGUAUUUAGAUUAUUUUUUAAAGCGUAUUACACCAAAUAUUUUGUUACAAAAAACUCCAAAUAGGCUCUAUAUACAGUAUGAGGGUUUCUUUCAGAAAAGGAAUGAUGGUAGCUAUCAACUGUGAUCACAGCUCAGUACUUUUGUUUUUGCUCUAGUGUGUUUUGAUGUGUUUAAAUGUUUUUUUUUAAUUGUACUAAGAGAGUUGUGGACAUUAGUGGUUUCACACUCUCAGUUGCACUUUUUCCCCUGGAGUCACUGAUGACCUCCAUGUUUUAAGACUCAAAAUGUUCAGAAUACCAGUUUAAAGAAAGUAUUGGUUAUGCACCCCCAUUUUUCUAGACCAGAGGGCAUUAGGGAAGCAGGCCUCUGUGGAUUGUUUGCAGCGUUAAUGUGUUAAAGCACUUUUCUUUGCCAAAAUCACAUCAUUUAUGAUGACUGCAAAUUAAGGUUUCUAGACUACAUUUGGUGUUAACAUUUUUCACUCACUGAGCACUGUAUUUACAUAUAACUGGGUAUAUUGUUCAAGAAAUAAAAUGUCUAAAUCUA